AUGUCGGCCCAUCCAUUGACAACACAACCAACAACAACAACAUCAUCAGAUGCGUUCAUCACCAAAGCCGAAUCAUUGAUAUCAGAGCAUCCGUACUUGAUGCUAUCAAAAUCGUGGUGUCCCGAUUGCCACUACGUUUACAGACUAUUUCAAAAACUAGGCAUCUACGACAAACUACACAUUAUCGAGUUGGACAACAUUGCAAACCAGGAUGAUGCUGCUGCUUUAGAGAAUGCAUUUACUGGGAUUGUGGGCAAAAAGUGGGUGCCUCUGUUGUUUUUCAAGGGAAAGUAUUGGGGUAAUGAACAGGAUUUGAAAAACUUGGAGAAGCAAGGGCAGUUGGAACCAGAGUUGAAGAGACUUGAUCUACUUGCAUAA